AUGGCCACUACCCUUACCCACAACCCUGAGGCCGCGACCACCAACACAACAACUCCAUGGCGCCCGAAAGCCAUAGUCUUUGACCUCCUUACCGCACUCCUCGACUCCUGGUCGCUGUGGGACGCCUCUACCCCGUCCGGCACCCCCGAGGAAGGCCACCGCUGGCGUGUGAGAUACCUCGAGAUCACCUUUGGCGCGGGCGCAUACGUCCCCUACGAGGAUCUGGUCCGGCAGUCGGCGCGUGACGUGGGCCUGCCCGACUCGGCACCGCGGAACUUGCUCGACAGCUGGGAUGUGGGUCUAAAGGCAUGGCCUGAAGUUGCGGACGUGCUACAGAGGUUGAAGGCAAAGGGCUAUGUCCUUGGUGUGUUGACGAACUGCUCGGUGGACCUUGGCCACGCUGCUGCACGGCAGGCUGAAGUUGGUAUUCUGUCCCAAAGCGGCGGGGGGUCUGUGUUUGAUAAAGUGAUCACUGCGGAGGAAAGCGGGUUCUACAAGCCGAGAAAAGAGGCGUAUCAGGCCAUCAUGACGGCGAUGGCCCUGACGCCAGAACAGAUUCUCUUCGUCGCGGGCAGUGCGGGGGAUGUCGAGGGGGCGACGAACGCAGGGAUGAAGGUUGUCUGGCAUAACAGGGUCGGGCUGGCAAAGAAGGGCCAUGCGGUGCCUUUGAAAGAGGCAGCGAAUCUAGACGCAGCUCUAGAAGGUUUCUUGUAA